AUGCCUAGAUAUCCGAGACCAAGUGUGAAGAGAAAGAGACCUCCUCCCAACAAAGAACCAUUUACAAUACCAAAAGAUCCAUAUCCCUUUGAUAAACAAUAUCAUUAUCCCUUUUGCUUUCCAGGAAUCGCAGGGGAAGAAGAAGAUUCGGACUGUCAACCAUGUAAAAGACUUUGGAGAAUGCAGGGAGAUAUGUACGAAGCAAAGAAUCGACAAAAAGAUAAUCUUUAUUAUAACCAUGCUACGGCUUGGAGGGAAUAUCGUGACGGCACAAAUUCAUGGGACCAGAUAGUAGAAGCAUAUGAUCCAAAACACCCAAGUCAAGACCAUUAUGUUUAUAAAACCUAUAGAGACAAAUAUCGGGAAGCGGUUCUACAACGAAUUAAGGAAGUGGAUGAAUAUUUCGCAAUUAAACGCGGUCAAAUAAACCAGCAUUAUAAUGGCAAAGAUUAUACCGUAAAAUGGAACUCCGAAGGUAUCCAAAUCGAUGAACAAAAGCUUACCUGGUUUCAGAUCAAAAGAAACCAACGGCAACUUGCCCGACGAUAUAAAAAAGCAACAUCGAUUAUUUUUGAUUUCCGAGGCCCAUAUGCGCGAUGUUGGUGUCCACAAAUACCUGAAUUAAUAUUGAACGACGAUGAAGAAUGCGAAAAAUGUCGCCAGAUGGUAAUUAAUACCGCGAUUAUUGGUUUAAUUGCUAAGGAGCAAUGGAUCAAAGAGAAGAAAAUCCACCCUUGGUUCACGCCGAUUGAAACACGAAAUUUGACUUGGCAAAAAACGGCAAUACCCGGACCAUUCGAAGUACAACUAUUAUCUAAAGAUGCCGUCCUCCCAACUAAAGCAUAUAAUAAAGACGCAGCUUGGGAUAUUUACGCUGCGGAAGAUGCUAGACCCAAUCAGAACGGAGUAUUACGUAUACCAACACAUAUCAAACUUAGGUAUUCUCCAGGACAUUACGGACAGCUUCUGACCAAAUCGUCACAAGGGGAAAGAGGAGAAAUAGUACUAGCAGGAGUAUUGGAUGAAGGGUUUACAGGGGAAAUACAGGUCUUAGUGACCCGAGUAUUACAUCCGGAAGAGUUUCGAAUCACGAAAGGAAUGAAAAUAGCACAACUGGUUAUACAUUCAGCUCCCAGAGUAGAUAUCGACGGGUUAACAGACACAUUAUCGAUUAGAGGAAAGAAAGGAUUUGGAUCAUCAGAUCCUAAACGAAUACAGAUUAUUGAAACAAAUAGUGUCCAAUACAUAUUGAGUAUUCAACAAGACAAGGAUGAGAAAAAGACUGCUGAAAUAGACAAGUUGAAAAAGCAGUACCAGGAUAUAUUCAUACCAGAAACUGAGUCUCAAGGAAUGACUAUAAAAGGAACAACUAUCUCGGGAUUUGAGCAUAAAAUAUUCCUAACUGAUUAUACGCCAAUUAAACAACGCGUACGACCACUAGCACCGAUAAAAGCUGAAUAUUUAGAAAAAGAGAUACAAACGAUGUUAGAUAAGAAUAUUAUUCGAAAAUGUCCACAAGGAAGAGUGUCUUGGGCAUCGCCAAUAGUUAUUGUAGGCAAAAGAGGCGGAAAGAUGCGAAUGUGCGUUGAUUAUCGACAACUUAAUGAUGUAACGAUAAAAGAUCCGCAUCCCUUACCCAACAUACAGGAAAUGAUCGAUAAAAUGGGGAAAGCACAAUAUUUUACUACGCUCGAUUUGGCUAGUGGAUAUUGGCAAGUAAAAAUGUUCCCAGCACACCGGAAAUAUACAGCCUUUAUAUGCCCUUUUGGACAUUAUUCCUUUAAUGUAAUGCCAUUCGGACUGUGUAACGCGCCGGCAACAUUCCAAAGUAUGAUGGAAACAAUAUUAUUAGGAUUUCGAGCGAAAUUCUGUGAAGUAUAUUUAGAUGAUAUCAUUAUAUUUUCUGCUACAUGGGAAGAACAUCUCCAUCAUAUUCAACAAAUAUUCCAGAGGCUUCGAGAAUAUGGCGUAGUACUCAAAGAAUCCAAAUGUCAUUUCGGAAAACAAGAGACCGAAUAUUUAGGAUUUAUGCUCACACCAGACGGAUAUCGCACAUUAGAUCGGAUUGUCAAAUCCGUCCAAAACUUCGAGAAUAAAUCGAUUGGUGAAAAGGUCGACAAAAAGUUUGUACAGAGUUUCCUUGGGACUUGUGGAUACUAUAUGAAAUUCAUUAAAGAUUACGCGACGAUCGCAAAACCCUUGUCAGCCUUUACUCGUGACAAGAAGAAAUGGAGAGAACCAGCGCCACCUGGUACACGACGAAAAUGGAUAUAUCAUGAAGAAGAAAACGAUUUUAGAUGGGGUCAAGCGCAGUACGACGCGUUCGAAAAAUUGAAAGAAAUACUGGCGAAAACUACAGAAGAUGGAGGUGUCCGCCUCCAGUACCCUCAGAAACGAUGGCAAUAUGUAGUAAGGACAGACGCUUCGAAGCAAGGAAUUGGAGCAGCGUUACUACAAAUCGAUCCAAGAGAUAACCAAGAAUGGAUAUUACAAUAUCGAAGUAGAGUAUUUCGACCGGCUGAGGAAGGUUAUGAUAUGCAUGAGAAGGAAGCGCUAGCCAUUUUUUGGGCAUGUAAACAUUGGUUCUACCAAUACCUGUAUGGCGCAAAGUUCAAGUUAUAUACAGACCACCAUUCAUUGAUACAAGCAUUCGGAAAGCGGGAUAAGUCAUGCGGAGAAAGAGUACGUCUCUGGGCACUUCAAUUAUCCGAUUUACAAUAUGAUAUCAUACAUGUUGAAGGAAAACGGAACGGAUUAGCUGACUGGCUAUCACGAAAUCCGUUGGCAGUGGAGCAAGAUAUUGAGGAAGAAGAUAUGCCAUUCGUUAAAUUGCCGCCAUCAAACCAAAAUUAG